GGUGGAGUUGAGCAGCUCUUCCAGCCUGCGCGGGACUUCGUUCUCCUGGUAGUACUUCAUCGCCUGCUGCCUCAGCUUCUGUAACUCCCUAGUGUUCGCGGAGCUGCGGCCGCCGCCUGCAUCCCCCAUGACGGAAGCUCCUGAGAUUGGGCGCUGAGCACCCAGCCCCAGGACACACAGUGAGUAGGUGAUGGAGAGCGUCGGUGUAUACGGAUUCUGUGGGUGCACAGCCAAGAGCAAAAUGAAGUGUGAUUCCAAGUGGGAAAUAGCCGCUUCAGAAACGGCCCCUACAUCUGCCUAUUCCUCUCCAGCCCGGAGUCUGGGGGACACAGGAAUCACACCUCUGUCUCCUUCCCAUAUUGCGAACGAUGCUGACCCAAAUGUGGCAGAGCAGUCGGUGUUCCUGGUGGUGGUGGCCAUCGACUUCGGGACUACUUCCAGUGGCUAUGCCUACAGCUUCACCAAGGAGCCUGAGUGCAUUCAUGUGAUGAGGCGCUGGGAAGGGGGUGACCCUGGUGUGUCCAACCAGAAGACACCCACCACCAUCUUGCUGACCCCCGACCGGAAGUUCCAUAGUUUUGGCUAUGCAGCCAGAGACUUCUACCACGACCUGGAUCCUGCCGAGGCCAAGCAGUGGCUGUACCUGGAGAAGUUCAAGAUGAAGCUUCACACCACGGGGGACCUGACCAUGGACACCGACCUUUCAGCAGCCAAUGGCAAGAAGGUCAAAGCCCUGGAGAUCUUUGCAUAUGCCUUGCAGUACUUUAAGGAGCAGGCCCUGAAGGAGUUGAGUGACCAGGCAGGCUCUGAGUUCGAGAACUCGGAUGUCAGGUGGGUCAUCACAGUGCCCGCCAUCUGGAAACAGCCUGCGAAGCAGUUCAUGAGACAAGCCGCCUACCAGGCUGGCCUGGCUUCCCCUGAUAACUCGGAACAACUCAUCAUUGCCCUGGAGCCCGAAGCGGCCUCUAUCUACUGCAGGAAGCUGCGGCUACACCAGAUGAUUGAGCUGAGCAGCAAGGCGGCAGUCAAUGGGUCCAGCUCCAGUGAAACAGUAGGAGCUGGGUUUGCACAGGCCAAGGAACACAUACGUCGAAAUCGUCAGAGCCGGACCUUUUUGGUGGAGAAUGUCAUAGGAGAAAUUUGGUCUGAGCUGGAGGAAGGUGACAAAUAUGUGGUUGUGGACAGUGGUGGUGGCACCGUUGACUUGACCGUGCAUCAGAUCCGACUGCCCGAGGGGCACCUGAAGGAGCUCUACAAAGCCACAGGUGGACCAUACGGAUCCUUGGGGGUCGAUUAUGAGUUUGAGAAGCUUCUGUGUAAGAUAUUCGGGGAGGAUUUUAUCGAGCAGUUCAAGAUCAAGCGCCCAGCAGCAUGGGUCGACUUAAUGAUAGCAUUUGAGUCUCGCAAGCGGGCAGCUGCCCCAGACCGGACCAACCCCCUGAACAUCACGCUGCCUUUCUCCUUUAUUGAUUACUAUAAGAAGUUCCGGGGUCAUAGUGUGGAACACGCCUUGAGGAAAAGCAAUGUGGACUUUGUGAAGUGGUCCUCACAGGGUAUGCUGAGGAUGAGCCCUGAUGCCAUGAAUGCCCUCUUUAAGCCAACCAUCGACAGCAUCAUUGAGCACCUCCGGGACCUGUUCCAGAAACCUGAGGUGUCCAAGGUCAAGUUUCUCUUCCUGGUGGGCGGCUUUGCAGAGGCACCGCUGCUGCAGCAGGCAGUACAGGCCGCCUUUGGCCACCAGUGCCGUGUCAUUAUCCCCCAGGACGUGGGUCUCACUAUCCUCAAGGGCGCUGUGCUCUUUGGUCUGGACCCCGCUGUCAUCAAGGUGCGACGGUCCCCGCUCACCUACGGCGUGGGCGUGCUGAACCGCUACGUGGAGGGCAAGCAUCCUCCGGAGAAGCUGCUGGUGAAGGAUGGCACGCGCUGGUGCACUGAUGUCUUCGACAAGUUCAUCUCCACCGACCAGUCGGUGGCCCUGGGCGAGCUAGUGAAGCGCAGUUACACGCCGGCCAAGCCCUCGCAGCUGCUCAUCAUCAUCAACAUCUACAGUGCCGAGCGGGACCAAGUGAGCUUCAUCACCGACCCUGGGGUGAAGAAGUGUGGCACCCUUCGCCUGGAUCUCACUGGCACGGCUGGCCCAGCGGUGCCUGCCCGCAGAGAGAUCCAGACCCUCAUGCAGUUCGGGGACACUGAGAUCAAAGCCACGGCCAUUGAUAUGGCCACGUCCAAGAGUGUCAAAGUAGGGAUCGAUUUCUUAAAUUACUAACCUGGACUCGGCUCCUCGGCAUCUCACCCCUAUGCCCCUCAACCCAGACUAUUUUUUUUUAAUUUGUACUUGACCCUGGCUGUGGCCCUCCCCAAAUUUCAGCAGGGAAUAGGGAGAGCCAUGAGGGAGAGGAAUAGGGAUGUGAGAAGAC